ACCACUAGUCGGCAGGCUCAGGUUUGUUGGUUGGGGUGUAUGUGUGUGUUGUGUGUGUGUGCUCGUAGGUGAUCUGGUAGUGUGUGCCUCUGCAAGUACAUGCGGACGGAUUGUUACGACCCGUAAUGUGAGCAGAGAGAAACGAAAGCCGACUGUUGCCGAGGAUACGGAGUGACGUGCCAUCGAGGGUGCAUGCAUGUCGUCUGCUUACCCCGAAGCUUUGCGAGUGAGGUGACAUUGGCCUAGAUGCGAUGGGGCUGUUGCCAAGGCGUCGUAGUCUGCUGCUCAAGCUAGUGCUCGUGUUACCGGCCACGUGGUUGGUGGUCACACUUCUAGUUGCCUACAAUGAUCGCUUCAGGGACAUGCAGGACGAACGUCUGCCCCAGCAGGUCCAGCUGCAAGCUAAGGAAGAAGCACAGAAACCUGCUCCUGCAGCAGACGAUGGCGAGAGGUUGCUUCCACUAGCGAAACGGAGAGCAAGCCGUGAAGAGAGGAUGAAACGGGGAAGUAAAGAUGGCGCUCCUCCUCUCGGGGGACCGGGCAACGGGGACGAAGGUGCCGGAGUACUCCCACCCCCGAGAAGCGCCGACAGUCCCGGAGAGAUGGGACGGCCGGUCAAGCUGAACAACUUGACGGCUGAGCAGGAUAAAGUGGUGAAGCAGGGCUGGGACCGCAAUGCUUUCAACCAGUACAUCAGCGACAUGAUUUCGCUGCACAGGUCCUUGCCAGAUGUUCGGGACACGGAGUGCAAGGAUGAGAAAUACCUGGAGGACCUCCCAUCAACCAGUGUGGUUAUCUGCUUUCACAAUGAAGCGUGGAGUGUGCUCCUGCGCACGGUGCACAGCGUCAUAGACCGCUCGCCACCGAAGCUACUCAAGGAAGUCAUCCUAGUGGACGAUUUCUCAGAUAUGGCCCAUCUGAAGAGGCAGCUCGAAGAUUACGUGGCACAUCUACCUAAAGUGAAGAUAGUGAGGGCUCAAAAGAGAGAGGGUCUCAUCCGCGCUCGACUCCUUGGGGCUGCAGCCUCCACCGGUGCUGUCAUCACCUACCUGGAUUCUCAUUGCGAGUGUACUGAAGGAUGGUUGGAGCCACUCCUGGACCGCAUAGCACGCAACUCGACGACGGUGGUGUGUCCGGUCAUAGACGUCAUAAACGACGCAACCUUCGAGUACCACUACAGAGACUCGGGUGGAGUGAACGUUGGCGGGUUCGACUGGAACCUGCAGUUCAGCUGGCACGCCGUGCCAGAGCGGGAGCGGAAAAGACGGAAGCACUCGUGGGAUCCCGUCUGGUCUCCCACAAUGGCCGGUGGUCUUUUUGCCAUCGACAAGGCCUUCUUCGAAAAGCUUGGCACAUACGACAGUGGGUUUGACAUUUGGGGAGGAGAAAACCUGGAGCUUUCUUUCAAGACCUGGAUGUGUGGAGGCACACUAGAAAUCGUUCCCUGUUCGCACGUUGGGCACGUGUUCCGCAAACGCAGUCCAUAUCGGUGGAGGUCGGGUGUCAAUGUCUUGCGGCGCAACUCUGUGCGUUUGGCUGAAGUGUGGCUGGACGAACACGCCAAGUACUACUACCAGCGCAUCGGCAAUGAUCUGGGCGACUUCGGGGACGUGUCUCCCCGCAAAGCACUAAGGAAUCAGCUGAAGUGCAAGUCCUUUGACUGGUACGUGAGAAACAUCUACCCGGAGCUCUUUGUUCCUGGGGACGCUGUUGCGUCCGGAGAGGUACGCAACAUGGCUGAAGGCGGCCGUACCUGCUUGGACAGCCCUGCAGGAAGGGAGAGCAUGCACAAGGCAGUGGGCAUGUACCCAUGCCACGGGCAGGGAGGCAAUCAGUACUGGAUGCUGAGUAAAGAGGGCGAAAUCCGUCGUGACGAAGCCUGCCUCGAUUUUGCUGGUGGUGAUGUCAUUCUGUAUCCGUGCCAUGGUUCCCGCGGCAAUCAGCUCUGGAUGUAUGACCAUGACGCACAUACCAUUCAGCACAGCAGCAGUCGCAAGUGCCUGCAGAUGUCCGAAAACCGUCAGAAAGUGUCGAUGGAGUCGUGUAGUGGCAGCCUACGGCAGCAGUGGGUGUUCCAAAACUUUGAUGCAUCCAAAAUGGAGAAACUCAAUGUAGUUGCAUGAAAAUAAUGCCCGAAAUGUGACUUUUAGUACUUGCGACUUCCCCCAGACUGUCUCUUCGGUGGACAUUGACGUCGUAGGUGUGGUCUUUGUUGUUUGGUACAGUGACUGGCUUUUUUUUUUUUUCUACGAACUCCACAAGUUCUUGUUUGUAAGUUUUGUUCUCACCAUGGUACAUUGCUGAGGACUUUCCGGGUGGCUGCAGAAAAGUGCGGACAGCAGCAGUACUUCUGAAAGGCAUCGGCGUGCAGUGCUAUUUAUUAAAGCGAAUUUGUUGCAGCAACAUUGCACCUCGUCACAGCUCCGUGCGUUUUGUUGCUCGAUACUUGUGGCUACUGCUUCAGCCCAAAGAGUUGUACAUAGCACAUUAGCAAUGUAGUUUUUGGACAGAGCCGCUCAGAAUUAAUACAUUGAGCUACAGCCUCUUUCGAGGACAAUAAUACCCGUGACACACGGGCACGUGUGACACUCACGUGCUUUGUCCUCGAUGCCAUUCCAUUACACUGUACCCUACUGGCUGUAGCUCUAUUUAUUUUUACCCUAUUCACUGUCCAAAAAGAAGAGAAAAGAGUGAAGGUUGUGAGCUCGUUUGUGGUCUGGUGACUGAAGGAAAUUUGAGGUGCCAACAACAAUGUCGACCGCUGAACUCUCAUCGUCCCGGGAAGGCUCUCGAAGCAGAGUGGUGCUGCUGACUGCGCGAAUAAAAACAAUGCUCUCCCUCAAGCCAUCCCCCUCAGUGCCUUGGCCCACCGUGCGACUCGGGGAUGUGGUGCGUAGUGCUGUCAAACUUUUGUGCGCGUCGUGGGUGAAUCGUCCAGGUUCUGUGCGCCGUCGUUUAGGGACCACUUGACCAAUUUGGGUGGGUGCGAUUAUGUUUUGUAGGACACUGUUCUUGUUUGUUCAUGUAUUUUUUAAAAUUUUUUUUUUAAAGGUCACACUUGAGACGUUAGUGUGGACAUGGAACGUAACGGCCGAGUUUUCUAGGUGCAAGCGUACGUGGUUGAAUGUUGCGGAAACUGUAUCGGUGCUGGUAGUGCUACGCCCUGCUUCGAGUUUUUUUUCUCUCUCUUUUUUUAAUCAUUACUAUCGUUAUUGUUUGGGGUCUACAUGUAGACUCCUGCCUUCAUGUGUGUGCAAAUAACAUGUUAAAAAGGACGAGACUUAUCGCUUACCGUGCUUUGAAGCAUUCAGAUGCGCGACCAGCGACAGGAAAAAAAAAAGCCGCGAUUGAAAAACUUUGCAUGAUUUCCCAGCUAAUUGCAGCCAACGGAUUUUCACGUAGUACAGUUACAGCACACAAAAUUUGUAGGUUGAUAUAAUGGGUAUUUUAUGCUCUAGAUGUGGGAACACCCAUUCGUAGCGUUUUAGUGAUGGGAAGGGUGAAAACCCAGAUUUUGUUUUGAGGUACUUUGUUGGGUCUGUGAUUGAAAAACUUUACGCGAUUUCCCCCACUAACUGCAGCCAGUAUGGAUACUCACGUAUUACACUUACAGCUCGCAAAAUUUGUCGGUUAAUAAUGUUAAUGGGUAUCUUACGCUCUAGGUAUGGGAGCACCCAUUCAUAGCGUGAGUUGAGUGGUGGUAAGGGUGAAAACCUAGAAUUUGUUUGAGGUAUUUUUUUUAUCUGUUAUCAGAAAGAAGAGCUUGGAGUAGUAUGAAAGGCAAACAUCCUCCUGUGAGUGCGUUCCUUUGUCAUCUUAACUGAAGCCCAUCGGACACCAAAACCAUUCCAGUUUGCUUUUCUAGUCAGACGCAACAUUCCAGUGUUCCGGGUGUAAUGGUCGCCUUUUUUUUUCUGAAAAACAUGUUUUGUGCGGAGGUGCUGUACUGUGGGAAAAGGACUGUGCCUUAUCCAGCAUUGUUACAUGACAUGAUGAUGUAAUAAAUGGAUCUUUCGUGUUCUUCA